UGAAGCUCGUGCGUAAUACUGAGUGCGUCUUGGCGCGAGCUCAGUAGACCAGGAGCAGCGGUUCACAGGCAGAUGAUCAGGCUGAAGCUCCUCCACCUCGAUCUCCUCCCUCUGCCUUCUCUUCCCGAGAGCCCUGUCUCUGAUCUCCAUGCUGUGGACGAUCUGUUUCAACAAACUUUUGCGAGUUACAGAUUUCAUGUAGCUUCCAAAGUCCACCAUUGAGACCAUCGACUUCAGCUCGCUCCUCACGGUUCCUCUCUGUUUGCCCCUCUUACCCCUGCGCCGAGGAUGAUGUGCACGCGCGCGGGGCAGUUGUGGAGAAGCGGGAUGUUUGAUGUCCUGUGCGCGUGCUUGCUGUUUUCUGCGGUCUGUGGGUUCAACAUCGACCUGGAGCACGCGCUGCUUUUCCGCGGAGAGAACCAGACGUUUUUUGGCUUCUCGGUUCUGGAGCAUUUCCACGACAACACACGAUGGAUCCUGGUUGGAGCUCCUCGGGCGAAUUCCUCCUACAGUAAAUCAGUUCAGUCUCCUGGAGCCGUGUUUAAGUGCCGUGUUCACAGCAACCCGAAGAACCGGUGCACGGAGAUCGACCUGGGCAGAGGUGGUAAAGACGGGGAGUCUUGUGGAAAGACGUGCCAAGGGGACAGGAAUGAUGAGUGGAUGGGAGUCAGUCUGGCGAGACAAAACAAACCCAACGGAAAAGUUCUGGCCUGUGCACAUCGCUGGAAAAACGUGUACUACAAGUCAGAGCACAUCCUGCCGCAUGGCUACUGCUCUGUGAUUCCCUCGACGUUACAGGGCAAGGCACAGCCUCUCAUUCCAUGUUACGAAGAUCAUAAGAAGAUGUAUGGAGAAGAACAUGGCUCAUGCCAAGCAGGGAUCGCAGGAGCUUUCAUGGAGGAGCUGGUGGUGAUGGGAGCACCAGGAUCAUACUACUGGACUGGGACAGUGAAAGUGUUCAACAUCACCUCCAAUACACAAUACAGCCUGAACAAACACCAGCUGAGUUCUCAAAGAUACAGUUACUUGGGCUAUGCAGUGACAGCAGGUCACUUCUCCUCAACAUCUGCCAUCGAUAUUGCUGCUGGAGCUCCUCAGGAUGGUGGUAAAGGAAAAGUUUACGUCUUCAAAGUCGACGGAGUUUCUCUCGUGAAGGUCUUUCAAGCUUCAGGGACAAUGAUGGGCUCUUACUUUGGCUCCUCACUGUGUGCAGUUGACCUGAACGCAGACGGAUUCUCAGACCUGCUGGUCGGGGCACCGAUGUUCAGUGAAGUUCGGGAUGAAGGCCAGGUGUCUGUUUACAUCAGCAGAGGCAACGGAGUGAUGGAGGAAGCAGUCGUUUUGAAUGGGAAAAAUUCCUACAACGCUCAUUUUGGAGAGUGUAUCAGUGCCCUCGGGGACAUCGAUGAUGACGGGUAUCAAGAUGUAGCGAUUGGAGCUCCUAAAGAAGAUGACUUUGGGGGUGUGGUUUAUAUCUACCACGGAGAUCCUACAGGAAUAGUCAACAAGUACUCGAUGAGGUUGUCUGGACGAAGCUUCAGUCCAACCAUCCAGAUGUUCGGCCAGUCAAUAUCCGGCAGCAUGGACAUGGAUGGGAACGGAUAUCCAGAUGUGACGAUCGGUGCGUUCAUGGCAGACAGUGUGGUGUUAUUAAGGUCUAAACCGGUCAUCACAGUGGACGUCUCAAUCUUUCUGCCGGCCUCCAUAAACAUCACCGUACCUCAGUGUCAUGAAGGUCCACAGCAUCUGAACUGCUUUAAGGUCACUGUGUGUAUGCGCUUCAGAGGGAAACAUGUUCCGGGGCGGAUCGAGCUCCUGUACAAUCUGACAGCGGACGCAGAAAAGCGAUACAAAGGCCUCUCAUCACGUGUCUAUUUCACACAUGGUGCAGAACAGAGCGGAACUGUGGGUCAUAACUUCAACCUCAGCAUCAACCAGCAGGAGUGUGAUCACCACACGGCCUACGUACGGAAAGAAGUGAAGGAUGUGUUUGCAGCCAUCGUGUUCGAGACGUCCUACAGCCUGGGCAGACACGUAGUGGAUGUGCGUCAGGAGAACGAGCUUGCUGCACUCACUCCUGUCCUGCGCUGGAGAAAAGGAGAGAAGAUUGCAGCACGGAAUGAGACCUGGUUUGAGAAGAACUGUCUGUCCGAUGACUGCGCUGCUGACCUGAAGCUUCACGGCAAACUGCUGCUUUCUGGGCAUCACGUCAGACCUCAUCUCGCUCUCGGUGGCGUGAAAAACGUGUCUCUAAAUAUAACCAUCAUCAACUCCGGAGAUGACGCUUACGACACCAACAUCUACAUAAAUUUUUCCAGGGAGGUUCACUACAUAAACUUUCUGCAGAGGGAGGAGAAGGGCAUCUCCUGUGAACUGGUUCAGCUGGACUUUCUCAAAUGCAGUGUGGGAUUUCCUUUCAUGAGAGCACAGACGAAGUAUCAUCUUUCUGUUCUGUUUGACACGAGUCACCUGUCAGGGGAAAAUCAAACACUGCUAUUUUUGGUACAUGCCAGGAGCGCGAACCCGGAACAUGAGAACACGUUACACGAUAACAGGUUGGAGCUUUUCAUCCCGCUGGUACACGAAGUGGAUACAGCUGUUACUGGUUUGGUUACUCCGUCCUCGUUCGUGUAUGGAGGUUCAGUCGACUCGUCUCGCUUUGUUCAGCUGGAGGACUUUGAGUGCAACUUUCAGCCUCUCAACUUCACCUUUCAGGUGAUAAACAAUGGGCCGAGCAGACUCCCGGGCUCCACCGUGGACAUGAGGAUUCCAAACAGGCUGCUAGGAAAUGGAGUCGACAUGUUCCACAUCAUAGACACACAAGUAGCUGAGGGCAAAGGGAACUGCACAUGGACCAGAAACCCCACCCCGUGUAUCAUCCCCCAGGACAGAGAGAAUAUUUUCUACACCAUCUUCGCGUUCUUCACCAAGUCUGGCAGGAAGGUCUUGGACUGUGACCGGCCAGGAAGAGCCUGUAUGACCAUUUCCUGUAGUUUAGGAUCCCAAGCUAAAGACGAAGCUGCGGUUAUUGAUGUGCGAAUGCUACUGAACACUGAAACUCUUAAGAAAGACAGCUCGUCGGUUAUUCAGUUUGUGACACGAACUCAUGUCCGAGUGCACAGCCAGGCUGUAGAGGUGUCUGGUGGCCUUCCAGAAGACAUUUCUCUGGUGUUUGAGGCGCUGCACAGUCAGGAGCCCAGGGGUUAUGUGGUGGGCUGGAUCAUUGCCAUCAGUCUGCUGGUGGGGAUCCUCAUCUUCCUCCUGCUGGCGGUGCUGCUCUGGAAGAUGGGGUUUUUCCGGCGGCGUUACCGGGAGAUAAUCGAGGCAGAAAAGAACAGGAACGACAGUGAUGAAAGCUGGGAUUGGGUUCAGAAGAGUGAAUAAAAGCUGGGAUUUGGUUCAAAUGGCCCACUAAGCUGCUGCCUUCACCUCAUCCAUGUUCUUCACCUCAUGCCCUCAUCCUGUCUUCCAUAUGUGGAAGAAAAGAAUCUUCUCCAAAUUUUUCGGAGCUUUGACACUUUUUUGUAGUGAAAAUGGAUAUUCAGGCAUGACGACGUGGUUCACCAGAUAUGACUCUUAGUGGAAUUCCAUACGGAGGUGGCCAUGUGCCAGCUGGAGCAGAGACACACAGAGAGAACGAGGUGGAAGGAAAGAAACUGAGACUUUCAGAAAUUGCAUCAAACUAUCAGAUCAUUAAACCCUCAGGGCCGUGUUUAAAGAGCAAAAGACUUAUUUUUUUACAUCAUGUGUUCCUCUAUGUUGUGUGAAUGAGAGCUUUGUGAGGGCUUUUAGGUUUCUGGCCUUCUCAUAUCUAUUUCUUUUAGUAAUGAAGUUUGAAAGCACUGAUUACUGAUACAUGCUGAAGACUUGAUACUCUUCGUCUAAAGAUCCAUGUUCCAGGAAGAACAGAAUAAAGUAGAGGAAGUUGGAAACAUCCUGUGAA